GCGAGAAAGAGGGAGUGAGCGAGCGCGAGCGAGACGGACGGUGCGAACGGGACGUGCGAGAGAGAGGGUAGGAGGGAGAAAGAGAUAGAGCGAACGAGCAGGCCAGCGAGACAUCACGAUGCACGGAGGCGAGCACAAGCGGCCAGGGGCACAGGGCUGAGGGCUGAGGGCUCGACCGAGCCUUGUAUAGCGUUCACGAGCCGGCUGUGGCGCAGCCAGCGAGCGAUGGAGCAGCCGAAGACUCUCGCGUCACGGCUACUCAACACGACCUGCAUCGAGAACAAGGACGACCUGGAGGAGAAGUUUGAGAGAUGCUACACUGUACUGCAAAAUUUGACCACGGGACUCUCGGAGAAGGAGGCCCACGACACGCUGAACAAUGCAGUGUGCAAGGACAAGACACACGAGGAGGUCUCCUUAGGCUUACUAGUGGUGAUCUUGACCGAUCCGCAGAAUGCUGCGAAGAGUUACAGGGACUUGACACUGAUCACGCGAGAUGGACUCAGUAUUGUGCUGAUCCAUCUCAAUCAGUUAGUACUCGAGAGAUACUUGAGGUUGAAUGAUAUCACCAGGAGUCAGGUGUUGUGGUUACUGCGGGAAAUGAUAAGGACUAGUGUAACCAAUGUGGAUACUCUUUGUUUAACUUUAUUAAGGCACGCAGCGGGUGGGGAUAUCUCACCUAAGAACUUGUACCUAGUUGACGCCCUCUUAGAUAUUUUUCAAGAGAAUCGCUCGUGGCUGGACAAAUUCCCGUUUGUAGUUGCGUCGGUUGUGUACACGUAUUUGCGGUUAAUAGAAGACCACAACGCGUCCCAUCUGGCUGGUUUGCGACAGAAGGAAGUGAGCUUUACUGUGACUCUGAUAAGGGAGCGUAUGGUAGAUUGCUUGGCCAUCGGAAGAGACUUUGUGCGUCUGUUGCAAAAUGUGGCGCGAAUAUCCGAGUUCGAGGCGUUGUGGAAGGACAUUCUACAAAACUCAAAGUGUCUCUGUUCGAAUUUCAAUGGGGUGCUUCAGCUUCUGCAGACGAGAACCUCCCGUAGGUUCCUGCAAUCAAGGUUGACCCCCGACAUGGAAAGGAAGCUCGUGUUUCUAACGAGUCAAGUCCGUUUCGGCAAUCACAAACGCUACCAGGAUUGGUUUCAAAGGCAGUACCUGGCUACGCCCGAAUCUCAAUCGUUACGAUGUGAUCUCAUUCGGUUCAUCGUUGGAGUCAUACAUCCGACGAACGAGCUCCUCUGUUCCGACAUCAUACCACGAUGGGCGGUGAUUGGUUGGCUCUUCACCACGUGCACCUCUACCGUAGCAGCUAGUAAUGCAAAAUUAGCCCUAUUCUACGACUGGCUGUUCUUCGAGCCUGACAAAGACAACAUCAUGAACAUCGAGCCGGCGAUCCUUGUUAUGCACAACUCGAUGAGGUCUCAUCCACCCGUCACUGCCACACUUCUAGAUUUUUUAUGCAGGAUAAUACCGAACUUUUAUCCUCCGCUAACGGACAAAGUGAGAAACGGGAUAUUUUCAUCGCUGCGACAAAUUUUAGAAAAACGCGUCUUGCCUAGCCUGUAUCCGUUAUUCGAUAGCCCGAAACUCGAUCGGGAACUGAGAAGCAAAAUACGGGAGACGUUCAAAGAGUUUUGUCUGCCACCGAAUGCGGAUCCUGGUAAUAAGGUUCCGAUAUAUUCAGGUAAAAUGGAAGAGCUCAACAAGGAACACAAUCCAACCGCCGUGAUAGAGAACAUCGCAAAUUCCACCGUGGAGAAUAAUCACGUGACGCAAGAUCCGGAGCCAGCGUUCAGUGACGAAGAGGAGGAGUCUCCUCUAAGAAUAGUGACGAAAGUGGAGGAGGAAGAGGACGAGGAGGACGUGCCGUUAUCCACGGUGAAAUUGAAAAACGAGCAAAAGAACGCGAACUGCGUGAUGAAGAAAGAGGACAUAGUGUCGCAAUUAAAUCUCAUAUUGGAACCGGAAGAAUUGAAAACCAGCAUCGAGAUUAUGCACACAGAAACGGACAAUGAGGCGAAGUGCCAAGCGAUGGAGAGGAUAGUACAAAUGGUCGUAGAGGACGAAAUUGACGCAGAGACGAUACCUGCGCUUGCGUCCUGCUUGUCGAGUAUCCUCUCGUCGCAGAUCACGACGCAGAUCUUUCCAGACAAUCUGAAUGAGGAAACGCUAACUGAUAGCAUAAGCACGCCGCUGUUUGUCAUGUUUCGAAAUCAAUUUCAAUUGUGUAAGGAAGAGGAUAACCGGCGCAAGCUCUUGGCCAGAGUGUUGGCGGAGAUGCAGUCGCUUCAACCGAGAAUAGGCUACCUUCUGCUUUAUUUCCUCAAGGUCUGGGGCAGGGAGGAAGAGAAGCGGGAAGGCGAGCCGAGGUUGGUCCUAGGCAAAAACACGAGAUACCAAAGUGAGAAAAUACGAGGGAGAAAGCGUAACUCGAGCCUUACGUCGUUUGAUUUCAGCAACGUGUUGAACGACGUCAAGGCGUCGGUGUACAAGGACUUUUGCGCGCAGAGAGAAAAAAAGCUGGACGUGUGUCUGGUGUCAGAUCUUAAGCUCUGUCACGAGGAUAACAUAUUCAUGCUGUGCUAUCUCCUGCCGGACGUGUACACAGGAUUUCAAAACGUCGCUGUCGGGAACGCACAGCUGCUGCAUCUAGUAGUUUCCACUGUGGACUCGUGCCAGUUGCAGGAUCUGAUCUGCCAAAUAAUGCAGGGUCACCUAAAGAUGUUGAAGAAAGAGUCGUUCACAUCUCUGUUGACGGCUAGCCUCAACUGGGACACCUUCGAGCAGUACUGCUUUUGGCAGCUCAUAUUCGCGCACGACUUCCCCAUCGAUUAUGUACUGCCGGUGCUGCCAAAGCUGCAGUUUCGCAAUCAUGCGGAAGCGCUUACGUCGAUCUUGUUCAUGCUGAAGCAAGAGAAACCGACACCGGACCUCUUGCGACAACUGCUCGCUCGGCAAAGUGUAGACGGCGACAUGUUCGUCGUGGCCGUGCUGCGAUACUGGUGUCGCGAUUACGAGGAGAAGCUCGGCGAGUUGCUGGCGAAUCUUCUCAGCACUCGCUACCCCGCAACUAGUCCCAACAAACGAAAACGUUCCGGCGGCAAGCAGAAUCAGCAGUCCGGUCCGCCUACCGGAGAGCAAGUGCUCGGCCACUUGGACCAAUUGCGCCAACACUGCUCCUCUUCGUCGGAGUUGCAGCUCUACCAUUCGGAGGGCAUGCAGCGUGCGCUGCAACAAGCGCAGGCUGCGAGCAGCGACUCGUUGAGGAAGAGUUACGGCGACCUGUUUGCACUCGCCGAAGUCAACGAGGAAAACGAACCACCUCCACCACCGGCCAGCAGCUCCGCGAGGAAGCACGCCACAGCUUCCUCCGGCGGAGGGGCUGGCGGUAAAGGUGGCCACAGGAAGACUGGCGCUAAUACGAGAGAAAGGUCGAACGCGAAGAGACCGCUCCCGCGGUAUCACGUUGACACCACCUCUAGCAGCGAGGAGGAGGAGAUCGUGAAUCCAAAGCAAGCGAAGAAAAGAAAAAAGAUUAACCCAGUGGGCUCGGACAGCGACUGACCACCCAGUGUCUUCACAUGUCACAUGGACCACGUCACGUGUGUGCAGCAAGUUAAUAGAAAACUAGCCUUAAGGAUAGUAAGAUAAUAUAAUACACACGAUAGAGUUCUAUCUAGCGCGACACUUGUAAAUAUUAAUGUACGUGUCAAGGACGCGCGGUAGCGUCAUGUUGACGACGAACGAUCUUCAAUGUGUGUUUCGCAAAGCCCGAAACGACAGCAGCAAAAUUGCCAGACUCUGGUUGUUAUCGUUGAAUCGUUUUGUUAAGGGAAAAAGACGUGAUAGCUGUGAAUAAUGUUAAGAAUCAUUAUCCGCGCGAGAGCGCGCGCGUUUUUAUCGCAUGUGGAUGCUGAUCGUCGCCGAGUUUCCGGCGAGCCCACAUGUUGUGACAUACGACGGUCGAGCGGCCUUUCAUCCCCUCGCGUUCUAGGAAUGCUCGCGACUGUCAGGCUGCCGCGGCGUCUGUCGAACUCGCGGAGAUUGUUGCCGGAAAACGGCGCUGGUCGCGCGUUCCGAAAUCACUCGACCGCCGCUUCCCCCGCGCAAAGGCGAAAGCGGCAGAGACAGAAUCUGGCAACAUUGCGAACAGUACAGCAAAACAUAAUACAUCCUUUUGCACUUUACGACUUGUUAUUGUUUUUUCUUCUUCUCGUUCUUUCGGAUCUUCGAAUUCGUUCCGUUCUCCGUAAGACUUUCUUUUCCCCUCUCGGAGUGUGAUUGCGCGCUCGAGUGGACGCGUAUGCGUUUUUGCCGUAAUUCCCAAACGGCAGUUCGUAUUCGAAUUAUAUCAGUCCCUCUCCUUCUCCAGAAUUGGGAGGCCUCUCGCCCGGGCCGACGAAACGCGAUAUCCGCCGAGUCUCUGCGAGAAGCGUACAAUUUUACGACCAAGCAUAUUCGGUUGGCGAACUGCGCUUAAGUGAGAAGCACAAUCAUCCUCGAGGACGCAGGGAUACCUCUUUUUUACAAAUGUUCUGCAUGACGGAAGAUUGUCGGCUUUAAAGUAACUGGAGCGAUUCAGACAUCGGACAGUCCUCCUCGAGUAAAUUAACUUCUUCUCUUUUGUUAUGAAUUUUACUAGAGCGAUUUAACGAUUCGUUGUGAUUGUGAAACGCGACGUAAUACGAUUUGUAUUGUAUUUUUCUAUGUGAGCUUUUUACAUCUCUUAUAUUUGU